AUGGACGGGUACAUGAUAUCCGUUGCCGAUCACGACGGCGCACACCCGUCGACGCCUCCGCGCCAGGCGGGUAGAGACCACAGAGACUCGAAGCGGAUGCGGGUGACGCGUGCCUGCGACAGGUGCAAGAAGAGAAAGAUUCGCUGUACGGGAUUGCAGCCGUGUCGGCUAUGCAUCGAGGCCAAUGCAAGUUGUACAUACGAUGCCGCCUACACUCGCGGCAGACACGGCGCGAUGGCCUCUCGCCGGAGCAACCGCGCCUCUCCGCCGCCGCAGCCGCCGAGCGAGCAGCAACACCAUGAGCGCCAGCAGUCCGAGUCAUCGCGAUGGCACGCCGCCAACCGCCAGAGCCCCGGAGUGAGCCGGCAGCAGCACCAGCAGCAGCAGUCCAACGGCGACCCUCCGGACUCUUACUCUGCCCUCGGGGACCCCACACAGCCCGGCACAGAGCCGUUAUCACGGGCCUCUCCGGAACCUGUGCAGACCGAUCUCGAGGGCCACUAUGUCGGGCCAUCCUCCGGAGUCUCGUUCCUGCUCAGGAUUCAAAAGCGGCUAGACCAGAACGUGUCGUUUCCGCAAGGAUCCUCCAUCUUCACCUUUGGCGAUGCUCCCUUGCCCUAUCUCGACUCGCUGCAGACUGAGGCGCCGUACUUUGACCCAACCCUGUAUAUGAUGCUGUCUAGAAGUGAUACCACGCGUCUCGUCCAGAGGUACUUUGACUUUGCCGUUCCCGUGGACAGGUUCCUCCACCAGCAGACCAUAGAGACAUGGCUUGACGAGCUGUAUGAGACAAAGGGGAAGAUGCAUAAUAGCGAGGACGCAUCCACCCGGACGGCAGUCUUGUUCAUGGUGUUUGCUCUUGCCCAGGCGCACAUGAGCCCGAGGCCCACAUCUGACGAUGCCGACCUUAGCGUUCGGUAUUUCCUUGCGGCACACCAGCUGCUGUCAAGAGAACAGGGAGCCAUCCGCCUGGCAAGCAUCCAAGCCCGAUUGCUGCAGUGCCUCUGGCUCCUGUCUGAGUCACGGAUAAACCACUGCUGGAACCUCUUUGGAACUGCUGCGCGCCUUGCCUAUGCCAUUGGCUUACACAGAAAGCGCCAUGCUGAUCGAAUUGACCGUAUCGAAGUAGAAUGUCGGCGAAGGACAUUCUGGAGCGCAUAUGCUUUGGAUAACUAUCUUAGCAUGGCCCUUGGAAGACCACGGACGUUUCAUGAUGAUGAUAUAGACCAGGAGCUACCAUCGUGCGUGGAUGAUCACCAGAUUUAUGCCGAUCACAUCAGACAGGGCAGCACCCAUGGACAAUCGGUGAUGUUGGGGCCAGUUGCUUAUGCCAAAAUGUCGCGGAUAUUGAGCAUGAUUCUUCGCAACGUCUAUUCUAUCCACACAACCUCGCGAAAUGACAAGCACGCCUUUGCAACCAUUCAUACAAAGGAACUCAUCGAGUGGCGAGCAGACGUCGCUCAUUUUCUGGACCCGGUGACUAACAUGCCACUGAUACCCAUCUUUCAGCGCCAGAAGAACGUCCUGAAUCUGGCUUAUUGGCACACCAUGAUUCUCACUCACCGGCCGUUUCUACUUCGCAACUUUGCACAGCUGCAGAAUGGCAGCCGGCCGCGACGUGAUGACCACGAAUUCGAAUCGCUUAAUGACAUGUACCAAGGAGGCCAGCUUUUCCGAGCAUACUGGUUCACCUCGUAUUUCGCCUUUUCUGCUGCGGUCAUUCUCUAUGUUUACACUAUCCAGAAGAGCAACGAACCUGAAGAAUCAUAUUCUGGUUAUCUUGCGGCCGCAACUCGUUGUCAAGAUCAGCUGUCCAAUCUCACGGAAGAUGGGUCUUUGAUCGCACGAUACUGUUUGGUGCUGGAAGAGCUACGCCUCGAAGCGCUGAGACAGACCAAACAAGGCCAGCUUAAUAAUGCGCGUUCGCCAACACAAAGGCAGACCACUGCAAUGACAAACACCGGCAAUGGAGCAGACACAUAUGGAACAACUGACGAUGGGACAAUGGUUACGGAGCUAGGGGCGAAUAUGACGGACAUGGGCGCAAUUGGCGAUAUCUACGUGACUCCUACCGAUUCUCUCGCCGAGAUGACAGGCUGGGCUCAGUUUGAUGCAAUGGUUAGCGUUUCUAUGGACGGAUUCCAGCUGAAUAUCUAA